AUGAAUACCUCAAAUAUAUAUGAAGAUAAAAAUGAGGAAUAUCUUCAUCCAUUUUGGUUAGGUAUCUUACUUCUAUUCGCUGUGAUCACUAUUCUCAGUAUCUUAUGUUUUAUACGAAGAAAAUGUGGUUCACAGAUAAUGCGUUCAUGCAAAAUAUUCUUCUGUGGAACUGAUUAUGAUCUUGAAAAUCAAGCGAAGAAAAGAUCGAAAGAAUUAUCAUUAGCUAGCCCAUAUAAUUGGGCACCUGCUUAUAAUCCCGUGCCGAAUCUCUCGCCGAAAUUGUAUGCAUUGGUUCGUAAUAUGCAAAUGAAUAGCUUCGACAGAGAAGCAUCGAUUCGACCAAGCACUGUCGAUGAAGACGAUGAUGAUGUGCAUGAUGUGUUCACAAUUCCUGAUGAAUCUGAACAGAUGAAAACACCCUCGAGUGAGAAAACUUCGGAAACAAAGCAAGAACGUAAUUGCGAAACAGCACGCAAAUUCUAUGCAAGCAUGCGUCAUUCAGCACGACAAGUCAAUUCUUCCUCGAAUGAUAGUGGUAGCAAUGAUUUGUUUUCACCCACAAAUGAUCGCACUAUCCAAAACAAUUCCAAUGAUCAUAUCAAGUUUUUUCGUAGCACCCGAUUCUUUCAAUCCAUUACAAAAAGUACGCGUUAG